AUGCAACUUUUAAGUACAUCAGCAGACAAAAGCUUAAUUAUUUGGGACUCUUUAAUUAUAGUUUUGAAGGUGAGGGUCGGAGAAGUUGGUGGACAAGCGUCUGGUUAUAAUGGAGGGUGUUUCGCACUUGGUGGUAGUGCUAUUUUGGCCACUUCGUAUUUUGGAGGGUUUUAUGCAUGGCUACCUGAUGAGGUCAAGCAUCCUGGCGGUUUUAAGCCUUUGGCCGUUUUUAGUGGACAUUCGCUGGGAGUUACUGACUUAUCUUGGGACCCGACUGGCACUUACUUACUUUCUUGUUCAUUGGACCAAACAGCUCGCUGUUUUGUUUUCACUGCGAAAGGAGGACAUGCAGAAAUUGCUCGCCCCCAAGUGCAUGGACAUGACUUCUCCUGUCUUAGCUCGAUCUCACCGUGCUACUAUGUAUCCGGAGCAGAAGAAAAAAUAUUGCGCGUAUUCCAAGCGCCGCUAUUUUUUGCUCAAACUUUGUCGAAAAUAUCGGAGAUCCCUUUAGAGAUGUUUCCUAGAGAAAAUCUUGCUGAAGGUGGAGCGGCUGUGCCAGCACUAAGCCUUUCAAAUAAGGAGAUACAGGAUGAUUCCAGGAUCCCAUUUACGGAAGAAAUAGAGAAAACUAAAAAUGUUUUUAUUGCCCCUGCCGUUCUUGAAGAACUGCCAACUGAAGACCGCCUAAUGCAAUCCACUCUGUGGCCGGAAGUUCAGAAAUUGUACGGGCAUGGGUUUGAACUUUUUGCAGUUGCGGCAAAUCGUGCUGGUACACUGUUGGCUUCUUCUUGCAAGGCAAGCAAGAAAGAACACGCAGCUAUAUUGUUAUGGGAAACAAAGCGUUGGAAGAAGGUGGCUACUCUUUUUGCUCAUAACUUGACGGUUACUCAACUGGUUUUUUCAAACAACGACCAGAUGCUUGCAUCAGUGUCUCGAGAUCGGACUUUCUCAAUUUUUUUGCAGAUACUGAUGGAAGUAUUUGCAGAUGAGUACGAGUGGACUUUGCUGUAUGGAUCCAGUGGCCAAAAAGAUGUCCACUCACGUAUUAUUUGGUCAUGUGCCUGGAGUCAUGAUGAUAAGUAUAUGGCGACUUGCUCUAGAGACAAAAAGGCAAGUGGUCACCUGCUCGCUGUUGGAUUGGAGAAUGGCGUCAUCGAAGUGUUACAGAUGCUUGACGAUCAGCUCCAAUGCUUAGUUUUAAUGGACCAGUCACUGGCCCAUUCCAGAACAGUAAAGCGGCUUAAGUGCGUUUAUUUUCUUGACUGA